AUGGAGGAGAUAGAAAGCCACGAUGGCCAGGGUGCACUACGAACAUUGAAAGAUCUCUCUGCAGGGGCUGCUGGUGGUGUUGCCCAAGUGGUAAUUGGCCAACCCUUUGAUAUUGUGAAGGUCAGACUUCAAACAACAACGCAGUAUUCGAGUGCAUUGGAUUGUGCCACCAAGAUAUUAUCUAAGGAGGGCCCAUUGGCUUUCUAUAAAGGGACUCUAACGCCACUAAUCGGCAUUGGUGCUUGCGUCAGUGUACAGUUUGGAGCUUUCCAUGAAGCACGAAGACGACUUGAAGAAUUUAACGCGAAGCGUGGACAUCCUGCUGGCCUUUCGUACUCCCAAUACUACCUUGCGGGUGCCUUUGCCGGUGUCACCAACUCCGUGAUAUCGGGGCCCAUCGAACACAUUCGUAUUCGCCUUCAGACUCAACCACACGGUGCAGAUCGCCUUUAUAAUGGGCCUUUGGAUUGUAUUAAGAAGCUCUCCUCCCAAGGGGGUGUAUUUCGUGGUCUAUAUAGAGGCGAAGCAGUCACGGUACUCAGAGAAGCUCAAGCAUAUGGCGUAUGGUUUCUUUCUUUCGAAUAUUUGAUGAACUGGGAAGCAAGACGUAAUCAGGUUAAGCGUGAAGAUAUCUCCAGCCUCAAAGUUGCAUCAUAUGGCGGCCUAGCUGGUGAAGCGCUGUGGCUUUCCAGUUACCCCUUUGAUGUUAUAAAGAGUAAAAUGCAGAGUGAUGGAUUUGGUGCCGAGCAAAAAUAUAAGAGCAUGACUGAUUGCUUCAAAAAGACAUAUGCCAAAGAAGGCCUUGGUGGUUUCUGGAAGGGAAUUGGUCCAACUUUGCUCAGAGCCAUGCCUGUAUCUGCAGGUACUUUUGCUGUGUAA